GAUAAGAAGGUGAGAAGCAAGCGAGGAUCGGACAAGAAGGUGAGGAGUAAGCGAGGAUCAGACAAGAAGGUGAGAAGCAAGCGAGGAUCAGACAAGAAGGUGAGAAGCAAGCGAGGAUCAGACAAGAAGGUGAGAAGCAAGCGAGUAAGAAGUAAGCGAGGAUCAGACAAGAAGGUGGGGAGUAAGCGAGGAUCAGACAAGAAGGUGAGAAGCAAGCGAGGAUCAGACAAGAAGGUGAGGAGCAAGCGAGGAUCAGAUAAGAAGGUGAGAAGCAAGCGAGGAUCAGACAAGAAGGUGAGAAGCAAGCGAGGAUCAGAUAAGAAGGUGAGAAGCAAGCGAGGAUCAGACAAGAAGGUGAGAAGUAAGCGAGGAUCAGACAAGAAGGUGGGGAGUAAGCGAGGAUCAGACAAGAAGGUGAGAAGCAAGCGAGGAUCAGAUAAGAAGGUGAGGAGCAAAGCGAGGAAGCCAGGAGGACAACCAGAUGAACGAGUUCCGAAAAAACAGUAA